AUGCUCACCCCAGCCGUUAUCGCAAUUCUGGCCUUUGGCGCCACCCAAAUCGCCUGCCAGUCCUCUACCUCUCUUUCGCCGGCCCAAAUCACGCAUUUCGUUACCGUGGCCAACAACUUGACUGCGACGAACGGUUCUGCCGUCUUCACUCCUGCAGUGGUCAACGCGUCGCUUGGUGAAACCGUUAUCUUCAAUUUUACCAACGGCACCCAUUCAGCGACACAAUCCACAUUUGAUGUCCCCUGCAGACCAGCACACGAGACAAACAUUACCAUUAAUGGCUUCGAUACAGGUCUUCGCCCCGCAAACAACGGCUCGUCGAGGACCGACUACCGCAUUAUCAUGAAUCCCGAUAUCGCCGACCGGCCGCUCUGGUUCUACGAUGAAGCGACCUGUGGAAUUGGGGGAGUGGGGGUUAUAAACGUUGGCAAUGUCACAGCAACAUGGCAGCCAUACGACGCCUUUGUGCGCAACGCUAUUCGGUUGAACGGAACGGGUACGGCAACCUCGUCAAUUCCAGCCCCCACGCGUUCGUCAACUUCGCCCGGUUCUUCUGGCUCCAACUCUGGUGGAUCUGGCUCAGGUUCGGGGGACACCACCAGCGCAGCUGCAGCCGUCUAUAUAUCAACUUGGGGCCUUACCCUCGGUCCACUUUUGCUUAUGGCGCUUGCCAGUGCUUGA